AUGUUAAAUAGAAUGGCAGCGAUAUUUGAAAGCAAAGUAUUUUUUUAAUUAAGAAAGAUCAAGAUAAAGAUUACUUAUAAUUUGAUACAAUUUUACAAAAAAUUUAAUUACAUUAUUUACACAGAUUUAAUUAACUUUGCUUGCAAGUCAUUAUAAUGAAAAAAACUUCAUAUCACUAAAUUAUAAAAAAUAAUAGAAAAUGAAGCAAAUAUUAUUAGGAAUUUUAAGAAAUAAUAUAAAUAUCACUUUUCUUAUUAUUUAAAACUUGACACCAAAACUAGAUUUUCAAAAUUAAAACAUUAUAAUUAAUCUAGGAGUUUAUAAUAAAUGCCUCUUGUGAAUUAAAUAUUUAAUUAUCCAACAUAAACAUUUGAAAUUUAUUAUAAGCCACUUUUAAAGUUUUUUGAUCUAUUAUAAAAGAUUAAUUCUAAUAUUUAAGCAUCUUUAUAGCCUUUUCUUCUUCAAUAAAAAUCUCGGUAACAAAUUUCAGAUUUUCAGCGGAGCAUUAUCUCAGCAAUAUGUGGAUGUAAUAGAAUAAAUUCUUAUAAACUCAAAAUUUAAUUUAAUUGA